GUCCCAGCAGUCCCAGCACUCCCCACGGCCGGGUUGCUACAAGCUUUGGCACCGAAAAGAGGCGUGCCACCCCCGGUCAGAGGGCCUGCGCCGCUGGGAGUUCCCAAGCAGCAGCUGGAGGCAAUGGCCAAGCGCUUGGCCAUGGAGGCGCAGGUGUCUGCAGCCAGUACGCCUGCGAAUAAGAAGGGCCGCGCCCUGGCAAGGUCCUCCGAUCCGCCCGUGCGCGGCAGCGGCAGCUCCGGCUUCGCCGAGCGGGCCCAGCGCCGUGGCAACAACCCCGAGUGUUUCCGGAAGCCGGAGGCCCAGGCGAAGCGUUUGAGCCACGUGAGCCACGCCACCACGCCUUCUUGGCGGUCCAGGAACAAGUGGUGCCGCAAACAUGCACAACACUCAAGCAGCACCUUCGACAUUUUGCCGUUUGCAGUGCUGGAGCCGCGAAUUCUAUGCAGCACGAAUGCGGGCACAGAUAAGGGCUCAAUUUCAAUCAAGUCCCUCCCAUCCACUGGGACAUCGGAGAUGGCUUGCAAGCCCGCAAUGAUGGCAGAGUCCAUCAGGCCACGGCUGUCGCCGUUGCUGGAAGCUCGCUGGGCCGUUUUGGCCGUCUCGCUUUACGAGGGCUCGGGCCACUUUGGGAGCAUUGUUGUUGAGGAGCAGCGUUACCAGAGAGUCCCACAGAGCGAGCUGGAGCGGCUGGAUCGGAUUGAUCCUGAGGUCGACGAGGUGCUCUAA